CCUACUUUCUUUGGCGGCUCAGCGCGUUCUUCAUUCGACGGUGUAGGUACUUCGUCGCGUUGAAGAAAUGCCAUUUCUUCUUUCUCCAGUGCCGCGAUAGUACUGGUGACUGACUGACCGUCAGACUGGUCUUCAGUAGGUCGAUUCCGAACAGCUGUUACGUCGCGAAUCAUGUUUAGGUGCAUUCAUCGGGAAAUCACUCAUUGCCGCCGUAAAUGUUUGUGCUUGUUUGAGUGAUAGAUUCGAUAUUGUUUUUGGUUCACUUUGUGCAUUCAUGUGAGAUAUGCAAGAUGAUACGCUGUUUCAUCCUACUUCUCUACGCCUACGGUUCAGUAGGCUAUGGUUACGAUGCGGGAGGCGGAGAUCAAGCGUCCUGUGGACGUCCCUACCGCACAGGACGCGUCUAUCAACCGCCAUGCGACCUGACUAGAUACGGGUAUUGUGCACAAGCCGGCCAAUUAUAUCCGUGGAAAGCGGUGCGCAGAUUCGUCAGAGACAACCAAGGACUAAUGCGCAGAAUGUACGGGGAUCAGCGACAAGCUCACGUGUUGCGGGCGGAGUUAGACGACGACCAAGAGACCGGCGAGGAGUGGGGACAACCAACCAAAGAUUUUAAUGACUGGAAGCGGCAACAACAACUGAGAUAUUCGAGGUAUCACCAUAACCGCAACGAUUUGGACAACGACCUGGCGACAACGUUUGAAGAAGAUCUGGAUAUGGACAAUCCGUACGACGAUGAAUCGCGCUAUUUAAAAGACGAUAUCGCCAAUGAGGACGUGCUCAAUACUAAGUUCGUAUAUUCGGAAAAAGAGCAGUCGAUAUCGAUCAAAUUGGCAGCAUUGAAGCCAUCAACUCAUUUUAGACCAAUAGCUGCUGCGGCUACCACUACAACCUCCACAUCAAGAACAACCCCUGAACGUAACAAACUUAAGAGCAACGGAAUUUCGAAGAUUACAAAGGCGCCAUUGUCCACAACCAAAAGAUAUUACGACAUUUAUUUUGGGAAUAGGCGUUACAUUAAAACCACGACGAGACCUGCAACCUCAACCGCAACUCCCAGAUCGACUACGAUACAAGGAGCGAGCGAAGAAACUUCAAAAACUGUACCCGCCGAAAGUACUACCCUUGUUUCUGCCAGUACAAUUACUACAGAUGACAUCCACGAAUCUACAACUACAUCAACAAUCGACGUUACGGAUAGGACAUCGAGUACACUCAAAAAAGAACCAUCGACGACGACCGAGAAUCCCAUUGGUGGAAACAUGGUGAUUGCAAGUGAUCGGAUAGGUGAAGACUGCCAUAAUGCCGAUAUUAAUGACGGUGGUGCUAUUAAAAACAGUGAUACUGAACGGGACACACUGAGACAGCCAGAGGGAGACAGUGCUGGUGCGGUAUUGUUCCAAGACAUGCUGGAGGACGAGCAAAUUGCAGGCAGUAAGAAGAAGAUUCAAGUUAAUUACAAGUUGAAGGGAGUAAACGCAUGCCCUGUGAAAGAAGAAGUGGUGGCACCUUUCUGGGCUAACAAUACUCGUGGGGAAGUACUAGCUCUGCUAAAUAUGUAUCCCUUCGAGCAAUAUGUUCAUUGGGAGAAAUGUACUUUCGAACAUAGACAAAUGUAUUGUAGAGACGGGUGCCGCUGUGAACAGCAAUAUCGACUCCACAGAUUACUCGCCUACGACCCAAACAACGAAUGCCGAGGAAUAUUCUCGGAUUGGUUUCGUUUCCCAUCCUGCUGCAUAUGCAAAUGCUACGACCUACCACCCGAGUUCAGGGUUACUUCGAGGAGUCCCAGGUUGCAAAUGACAUUUGCCGACGAAGAUUAUCAAUAGACAAACACACAUGGGUAUUACGUUGCUCAAGUUACAUGUUUAUAUUAAUAAGCAGUAUCUAUUUUUUUAUAUAAUUCUUAAUAUUAUCCGUUCGUAAAAAAAAAAUCCAACAUUCUUGUAAAUAAAUACCCAGUAAAGCUUUUUUUAUAUAUCAUAAGGCUCGUGUCUGUAUACUUGUAAUUACAACUAAACUUUGUAACUUUAUGAAAAUUACUGUCUUCUUGUACAUAAUUAAGAAUAAUACAAGUGUUUAUAUGUUUUGUUAUGUGUUUUGUUAUUUUAAAAAAUUAAAUAAAUCA